GGUCAUUCGAACGACUGUAAAUUUUGGGUAUUUAUGGCAUUGCUGUGGCUGGCAGACGGUUCAGUUCCGUUUCGGCCGCGAGCCGACAACUUCAAGUGUCAGUGUGUGAUAGUCCCGAGUGUGAUAGGAUGGGAAGCUUCAAACGAAGUGUUUUGGAAACACUUCCACUGGUGCUGCUACUGAUUGUAAGCGUGCGUGGCGAACCUUCCUUCAAAUGUGCCGAGAAUUAUUGCGAAUUUGUCGUAAAUGAGCAGCUUCUGGGUGGUGAUGUGCAGGCAUACAAGUUCAAUCUUACCGCCGAGUAUGGUACGGUUGAGGUGCAGUUCGAAAAUUCGCUCGUUUCGAUUGUACCGCCGUCGCUGUUCGACGACAAUGGGCAGAAAGUGGAUACACUCGUAAUGCGCCAGGUUGACGUGCAGCGUGUCGAUGCGGACACGUUCACGAAGGCGGUCGCACUGAAAUCACUGCAGAUGCACAGAAAUCGCAUCCCGAAGCUGUUCAACCGCAUGUUCCGCAAUGCCACGAAUCUGCGGCGUAUCAACUUUGGCGGCAAUCGUAUCGAUGCGGUGGAGGAGUACACGUUCGAGGGGUUGGCAAAUUUGAGCGUGAUUCGGCUGUCGCGCAACAAGAUCCCAGUGCUGCCGAGGAAGCUGUUUGCUGGAUUGAGCUCACUCACGAGCCUUCUGCUCGAUCACAAUCGAAUUCUGGAGCUGCCCGAAGGGAUAUUUGAGGAUCUCACGAUACUUGAUGAGCUGUACCUGAGCUUCAACUUCUUGGAGAGACUGACCGGGAAUAGCUUUAAGGGCUUGGUUGAGCUAGAUAAUCUGGCACUGCACAACAAUCGUAUCAGCACGAUCGAAGCGAACACGUUCGCCUCGCUGGCGACGCUACAGUACUUAACUUUGGGAUCGAACCGGUUGACCAGCCUGGCACCGGAAACGUUCAUUGCGCAGACGAAGCUGGCCAAACUGGACUUGAGCGUGAACCAGCUGGCCGAGCUGCCGAAGGAUCUGUUCCGCUACACCACCGCCCUGAAAGAGCUGAAGAUGAGCAACAAUUCGCUGAAGGAGUUGCAUUCGGAUUUGUUCGCAAACACCGCCAAGCUGGAGGAACUAGUAAUUUCUCACAACGAGGUGGAGUCGUUGGAUGCGGCACUGUUUAGAAAUCUGCGGAAGCUGGAGAUGCUAUUGCUGGAGAACAACAAUAUCGGUCAUAUCUUCCCUGGUACGUUUGAUGCGCUACAAUCGCUGAGGGCGUUAGAUUUGAACCAAAACGGAAUCAUGACGAUCGAAGGAGGCUUAUUCCGUGCGCUGAGGGUAUUGGAUAAGCUAUAUUUGCAGAAUAAUCUUAUCAGCAUGGUAAGCGGAGACAGUCUCGAAGGUGCCGUACAGCUUACUGAGCUGUAUCUGAAUAAAAAUCCACUCCAAUCGAUUGACGACGAUUUCCUGCGCAUACCUUCCCUGAUGGCACUUGCAAUGGAUUUCUGUGACUUAAAAACGCUACCGAAAGGUUUGCUCGCUAAGCAGCAGUCGUUGAAACUGCUUUUCCUGGAAGGUAACAAACUGACCAACCUAGAUCCGGACCUGUUUGCACCGCUGCAGGAGCUGGAAGAGUUGGAUCUGAGUGCUAAUUUGCUGUACAACAUUUCGAACGCGUUGGCGAACCUUACCAACCUCAAAUUACUGGACCUGUCGGACAAUCGGCUGCGCUCGCUGCAGGAUAAUGCGUUCGCAAACAUGACUACGUUGAAAAAGCUUAAUCUGAAACAAAACAAGCUGACGGAAAUCCCUCGUGCCUUGGCAAAGCUUCCGAACCUGAGCACAGUGACGCUGGAGAAAAAUAAGAUCAAGUCUACCGUUGUCGGCGAGCCGCUGGCAAAUCUGGAGGAUCUGUACAUGGGGGAAAACGAAAUCACCAAACUUCGUCUGGAUGACUUCCCGGCCGUUGAGGAACUGUACGUGGAGCGGAACCAAAUUCAUAGUCUAUCGGUCGAUACGUUCGUCGGCAAUAGAAAGCUGAAAACGGUGGAUCUGACGGAUAACCGUCUGACUGGUCCGCUGGAGGGCAUCUUCGCUCCGCUGCGGAAGCUGGUCACGCUAACGCUGAGCGGCAACCCGUUGGGACGCGUGACUCGGGCCACCUUUGAAGGGUUGCUGAAGCUGGAGGAUCUCACGCUAAGGAACAUAAAGCUUACCGAGCUAACGGGCGCACCGUUUGCAUCGCUUUCGGAGCUGGAGAAGCUGGACCUAUCGGAGAACCGGCUGGCAGCGGUGGAAGAGGCAUCGGUGCGCGGCAUUGGCAGUAAGCUCAGGGAAUUCUAUAUCAAUGAUAAUGAGAUCGGCAUUGAUGGUUUGAGCGGACUGGAUAUACUGAAUCGCGUGCAAACCGUUUCUCUCUCCAAUCAAAGCAUUGUUGUGCCUGAUACAUUGCUGGCCAACAAAUCGUGGAUGGUGGAAUUUUACGUUCAGGGCGGUACGUUUGCCUCCCUUCCGGCUCAGUUCUUCCGCUCUACUAUAGCGCUGGAAAAGCUCUCCCUGUCCGAUAACAAGCAAUUGGUGAAGCUGCCGAAAGACUUCUUCCAGUACGUGCCGUACCUGGAGGAGUUGGUGCUGCUGAAUAACAGUCUGUCUGUGCUGGAGCCGGGAGUGUUCGAUCCGCUCGGACUUUUGAGAGAGUUGGAUAUUUCGGAAAAUCCGCUUAAAUCACUGCCGGCCGGUUUGUUUGCUCAAACGUUCCUGCUGGAAAGCUUAAGGAUGGCAGAUGCCAACCUUACCACCUUACCCGCCGGUAUCUUCGAUAAACUGUACGUCUUGGCCAAGCUGGAUUUGGCCAACAAUCAGCUACGUACGCUGCCGGAAGGUGUGUUUAACCGGCUGUACUCCUUGGCAACACUUUCGCUCGAGAACAAUCAGCUGGAAGCUUUGCAGCCGGCCGUCUUCAAGAGUUUGGAGAAGCUUAAUAUUGUCAUCCUGUCUCACAACAAGCUUGCCGCGAUAGAUUCUCAGCUGUUCGCUGGAUUGCCCGUGACGGCGAUUGAUCUUUCGUACAACCGGUUCACCACAUUUGAUGAGAGUGCGAUGGCGUUCGCCGGCCGUCUGCUUAUGCUGUCGCUGGAAAGCAAUAAGCUGACCUCGUUGAAGAUCCAUUCCACCCUGGAGAAGCUGUUCAUUGACGAUAACAACCUAUCCUCCAUUGAAGUGAAGCUCGAAGACUCGUACAGCCACAUCACGUCCCUUUCGGCGGUGCGUAACAAUUUCACAGCUCUUGACGCAUUCUACCAGUUCAAGAUGCUAACCGAACUGGACGCGUCAUACAAUUCGUUCAACCAGCUGAAUUUGGACAAACUUUUCAACGAAAUAGUACCGCUCUACACACUGAACGUGUCGAACAGCUUCGUGGAGCGCGUCCAGUUCGGGAAGAUUGAGCAUCCGCCCACGCUGGUUCAUCUGGACAUCUCCAACAACAAUCUGACCGCGUUGGACGUGCGUGCAUUUGCCGUGUUCCGCCAGUUGCAGAACUUUGUCUUCGGUGGCAACAGGUUCGAUACGUUUGUGGUGGAAGAUUUGCUCCGUGCGUUCGACGAUCUGCAAACGAUCGGGCUGGAGGGUACGGUUUGGAAGUGUGAUUUCCUGAAAAGUUUGAAGGCGUCAAUGGAAGAAGCGGAUGUAACUUUUGCCUACAAGGAGAAGGAAACGGUUGACGAAAGGUUGGAGAGUGUUUGUUCCAAGGAAUUGUAUGGCAUCUGUUGUUGUAGCCGAGUGUCUCCCAGCAGUUGGUUCAAUUGGCGUCUUGUGUUUAAGAUGGGGCUCUGGCCUAGUGUGUGGUCCUUGCUACUGCUGUUGGUGGCCCACCAGCAAGUACGCAGCUCUGAAUCACCAAUCUCCCUAACAUGUGAACCACCUACAUGUCGAUACAGCGGCCUUCGUUUUGCCACUCCGUCCGAUACCGCCUCACUAUCGAUUAUCUUCGAUUCGGACUACUACAGCCAUGUGACCUUCGAAAACUCAUCCCUUUCGGCCAUACCACAAACAGUGUUCGCAAAAUCCAGUGGCGUGGAAACGUUCAACGCAUCGGGGUGUGAUAUUUACGAGUUGUUGCCCAAAACGUUCCGUCACGCAGUUGACUUGAAGUAUCUAUAUCUCGACAACAACAGGCUGCGCAAAACGUACGGUAGUAUGUUUUUAGGAGCAAGAAGUUUGGAACUCCUCAGCCUGUCUAAAAACCAACUCGAAACGAUCGAUCCGCAGACGUUCAGGGGAAUUUCGUACGUGCAGGAAAUAGAUUUUAGUGGCAACCUGUUGCGCACGCUACCGGAUCUGUUUUUCGUGGAUAAGCCAAAGCUAAAAAAGUUGUCGUUAGCGGACAACUUCUUGCAGGAGCUCAAGAAGGAGACGUUCGGUGAAAUGACGGCACUGCAGGAGCUGGAUCUGAGUGGAAACAUGCUGCGAACGCUUGUGGCCGGCACGUUCGACGGGCCGUGGCAAUUGGAACAGCUCCUCCUGCAAAACAACCGGCUAGAGGUGAUUGAAGCAACGGCCUUUGAGCACCUGGUCAAGCUGAGGGGAUUGAACUUAAGCAACAACAAUUUGAAAGUCCUACCAGCAACGGUCUUUAACUCGAUGGGUGUUUUAAGGGAGCUGGAACUACAGCAGAACUAUCUGUCACACCUGGACAGUGCCACGUUCGAGGAGAAUCUCAGAUUGGUGAUGAUCAAUCUGGACAACAAUACGAUCGCAACGCUCCAGCCCGCAUUGAUACAGAAUCUCACCGAUCUGCAGCGUUUCUCUAUCGAGUAUAAUCAAUUGCAGGAGCUGGAUGUGCAGCUGUUCGCGCACAGUACCGAUCUGAAGCGGCUGUGGUUGACUGGAAACUUCCUGCGGCACAUCAAUCCCGGUACGUUUGACACGUUGGAACAGUUGGAAGAUUUGUACCUUGCAGGUAACUUGCUUAGCACGUUCGAGGGAGGUUUGUUCCGUAAUUGUAGCGAGCUGAAGGAGCUUGAUUUGGGUGGGAAUCGUAUCAAACGUUUGGUGGCCGGUUCGCUGGAAGGGGCUUCAAAGCUUCAAAAGCUAACGAUCGACAAGAAUGAGGUGACGGAGAUUGAAGAACACUUCCUGGACGAUACACCGCUGCUAGAUACCUUUUCGGCAGAGAACAACUUCAUUCGGAACGUUCCAGUGGGUCUGUUUGACAAGUUAACCAACUUAACGACCAUUAUUUUGUCGGAUAAUCAGAUCAAAGAACUAGCGCCGGGUACAUUUCAAGGGCUGGAAAGUGUUAUAAAUUUGCAUCUUAACCAAAACCAGCUUAAACACAUCGAUGCAAGCCUUUUAAAUCUAACCAAUCUGGAGUAUUUGGAUUUGUCGUACAAUUUCAUUCGAGAGUUUGAUGAAACUGCUCUUGAGGGCGUCCCGAAUCUGGUGACCUUAGAUCUCGAUUCGAACCGCCUCGAUCGUAUCCCACCGGCCAUCAACAAAACCAUUAAACUGGACUACCUUGGGUUGCAGCGGAACAGGAUCAGCCGGUUAGAGUCGGGACAGUUCAGCCAGCUGUCCAGCUUGCUUACGUUGAACCUGGACGGCAACAAGAUAGCAACGAUGGAGCAGGGUUGUUUCCGUGGGUUGCAAUCUCUGACAAUGCUGGCAUUUGUGAAUGCUACACCGGAAUACGAAUCACUCGAUCUUUUCAAUGAUUUACAAAAUCUCACUCAACUUUUCCUGGAAGAAACGAACUAUACAGGGCUGAACAGUGUCCGGCUCGAUUCGCUGCAAAGCCUGGACAUCCUAUCGCUCGAUACCAACUCUCUGAUUGGUGUGGAUCCGGGAUUCCUAUCCGGCUUGAAAACCCUCACACGAAUCUCGCUGAAAAAUAGUUCUAUCAGAUUCAAUGCAAGCUACUUUAGAUCAAUCCCGAACUUGGAAUAUAUAGCCUUUACCAGCAACGAAAGCAUAGCCCUUGAUGAGACGUUCUUUGCGGGAGCGCCAAGCUUACAAACGGUUGAUAUUCAGGACACACUGCUGGAAUCAAUCAGCGUAAAUGCGUUCCGACGGUUAACCAAUCUGACCGAACUGUAUAUUGGCCCAUUCAAGGGCGAGCUGAAGGACAUCUUCACCGGGAACGAAGCACUGAAAACAUUGAGGAUGAAGCAGAUGAACUUUACCACCCUGCCGGACCAUUUCUUCUGGGCAAACCGUAGACUGGACACGCUGACGAUCGAUGACAACCCGAACUUGUGCGAGCUGAAACCGGCCUGGUUUAAGCAUAUGGCGUAUCUCGACUAUCUGGACGUAUCGUCCAACAACAUUUCGGGACUUUCGGUGGACCUGUUCGAUAAUACUCCCGUGCUGCAUCAAUUGUACCUGGCGGAAAAUCCACUCCGUGUGCUUGAUGUCGACGUGUUCCGCAAGGUGGGCGCUCUAACAGUGCUCGAUCUCGAGGACGCGUUGCUGACCGACCUACCGGUAGGAAUAUUUGAUGGGCUGUUCAAGCUAGAGGAGCUGUUCCUGGGCAACAAUAAGCUGUCGAACCUACGGAACGGUACCUUCCGGGAGCUGUACUCGUUGCGGAUGCUCUGGUUGUCCAACAACUCGAUCGAACACGUCGAUCCAUUCCUGUUUGCGGAUAUGCCCAGGCUGAAGGAGAUCUCGCUAAACGACAACCGGUUGACCAGUCUUGAUGAUCGACUAUUCGCUGCUCAGCUGGCAUUGCAAAACCUACACCUUUCUGGCAAUCGGCUUGUUGCAUUCGAUCUCACCACAAUGCCCUAUGCCAGUACGCUGAUUUACCUUGGACUCGAUACUAACCAGCUACGAUCAGUGAAGAUCACACCUGCUUUGGAGUUUCUUACCGCCGAUGAUAACCAACUGUCCGUCGUGGAGACAUCCGACUCGGACUACUACCGGCUGGCGACACUUUCGGUGCAGAACAAUAGCUUCAGCUCGCUGGAAUCGAUCUACCGGUUUGAUCGAUUGCAGGAGCUAAACGUCACGUUGAACCGCAUUGCGGUGCUGGAUUUCACCAUGAUCGCUACCAAGUUCCCGCGGUUGGCCGUUUUAAAUGCGUCGGUGUGUGCUGUCGAGUCACUGGGAGGUACAGUUAAUCCGUACGAGCUAAAGGAGCUGCAGCAUUUGGACUUGUCAAACAAUACGCUGACCAAGGAGGAAAUGAGCAAGAUGGGCAAGAUGCCGAGAUUGAAGACCUUAUUCAGUGCUGAUAAUCGUAUCCAUGGCGUGUUGCGACUGCUCGAUCGAUUGUCAAAGUUUUAGGGUCGACUUCUAAAGGUCAAUGGUGAGUUUGGAUGAUUGUGAAAAGCAAUGUUAAUUUGAUAUGGCAAACAUAAAUGAAUAAAUAUCUUUUGAAUGAUAACAUA